AUGAGGGACCGCCUCCAAGAACUUAAACUGAGAGCUAAGGAACUACAGAUAGCCGGGGAAAACAACGGUGCAACUAUACAGGAAGAAGAGCAGGAGGAGUUUGAACAGCAGGCCAUUAUUUAUGAAAAAGAGCCCGUAACUGAAAGGCACUUGCACGAAAUCCAGAAGCUUCAGAAUGAAAUAAAUAAUUUGGUGGAGGAAGUUCAUAAAUUCAGUCAACAACAAAAAAGCCUAGUAUCUUCAAUGCGAAGAUUCAGUGUUCUGAAAAAGGAAUCAAACAUAGCAAGAGAAAUAAAAAGUCAAGCAGAGCACAUACGUAAAUGUUUGGAUGAACUGGCACAAACAGUAAAAAAAGCUGAAAAUGAACAUGGGCCAUCACGUGCUACAGUGAGAAUUCUAUCUUCCCAGCACGCUUUCUUAUCCCACCGUUACCUAAACGCUAUGCUCUCAUACAAUGACGCUAUAACUGCUAAGCAGGAGAAGUGCAGAAGAUUUAUUGUCCGUCAGCUUGAAGUAGCUGGUAAAGAGGUAUCCGAGGAAGAAGUCAAUGACAUGCUCCAACAAGGAAAAUGGGAGAUUUUCAAUGAAAAUCUACUCACUGAAGUCAAAAUCACCAAAGCUCAGCUUUCGGAGAUUGAACAGAGACACAAAGAACUAGUCAGUCUGGAGAACCAGAUCAAAGACUUACAGGAACUUUUCAUCCAGAUAUCAGUUCUGGUGGAGGAGCAAGGGGAGAUGAUCAACAACAUUGAAAUCAGUAUGAACAACACUCAGGAAUACACUCAAGUAUCUAAAGAAAAAUUUGGACUUGCAGUCAAGUACCGCAACAGAAACCCUUGCAAAGCAGUAUGCUGCUGGUGCUGUCCAUGCUGCAAAUGA